UUUGUAUGGAUUUAAUGAAACAGGGGACACAAUGUGAGAACAAUCCUGAAUGCAUUCAACAUGUAUCAAGUGGGCAGUCAGAUCUGCUUUAUCACAGAUGUUCUUUCUGCUGUCUUUUAUAUAAUUAACACAGAGGAAAUAUGAUUGCUUAAGCAUUUUAAAACCUGGGGGAAAGGCUGGGAUAGGGUGGGAGAGCAACUUGUAAGGUGGUAUUUUAAAAAUCUCCUAGGUGCUGCAGGACUGGCUGCCUUAUUCUUCCCAAGUGGUGUUUAGAGAAAAGUCAUGUGAGCUUGGAGGAGAAUGUGUGCAAGGACUGCCGGCAUAUACUGAGCUGUGUAGUGGGAGACAGAGUGUGAGUGAGAGACUGCUUGUACAAAGGUAAAGUGCAGGCUGCAGUUACAGCUUCUGCAGUCUUGGAGCUAAUACUUGUGAUCUGUCUUGGCAUCCUGGCUAUCCUUCAUUCCCAGGGCAUGUGAACCCUCCAGAUUCCCAAGAUAACAGUCAUCAAGAGAGAAAAGGAGAGGAUGCUUUUCAAAUUCUGAAAAUAUCUCCUGGGAGAUCCCACUGCUUUCAUUGAAUUUUACAAAAAGUGUAUUCAUCUGCUCCUGUCUCCUCUUCUCUACCUGGGCUGGAGGUGAAACCCUCCAUGGAAUCCCCAGUGUAUAUUUUUCGUGAGGAGCCGGGCCCUACCUGCUCCCCAGGACCUUGCCCACUACCUAGCAGCAGUAGCAGCAGCUGGCUUGUGGACUGGGCAGAAUAUGGCAACAAUAGUAGUGGUGCUUAUGAGGACUUACAGCAGAAUGACACGAACAUCUCCCCGGCUAUUCCCAUAAUCAUCACUGCAGUCUACUCCAUGGUCUUUGUGGUGGGCUUGGUUGGCAACUCUUUGGUCAUGUUUGUCAUCAUAAGGUACACAAAGAUGAAGACAGCAACCAAUAUCUACAUUUUUAAUCUGGCCCUAGCAGAUGCCCUAGUAACCACCACAAUGCCUUUCCAAAGUACUGAGUACUUAAUGAACUCGUGGCCAUUUGGGGAUGUGCUGUGUAAAAUAGUUAUUUCAAUUGACUACUAUAACAUGUUUACCAGCAUAUUCACACUGACCAUGAUGAGUGUUGAUCGAUACAUUGCUGUGUGUCACCCGGUGAAGGCUCUAGACUUCCGUACUCCCCUGAAGGCAAAGAUCAUCAACAUAUGUAUCUGGCUCUUAUCUUCAUCAGUUGGCAUAUCAGCCAUUGUCCUCGGAGGUACCAAAGUCAGGGAAGACACAGGCAGUACUGAGUGCUCUUUGCAGUUCCCAGAUGAAGAUUAUGCCUGGUGGGACACUUUUAUGAAAAUCUGUGUCUUUGUCUUUGCGUUUGUUAUCCCAGUGCUAAUCAUAGUCAUCUGCUAUACUCUGAUGAUUCUGCGCUUGAAGAGUGUGCGGCUCCUCUCUGGAUCUCGAGAGAAAGACCGAAACCUCCGUCGCAUCACUCGACUUGUUCUUGUCGUGGUUGCAGUUUUCAUUAUCUGCUGGACCCCAAUCCACAUUUUUGUCUUGGUCGAGGCCCUUGGAGACGUGUCACACAGCACUGCGGCCAUUUCCAGCUAUUAUUUCUGCAUAGCUUUGGGCUACACCAAUAGCAGUCUAAAUCCCAUCCUGUAUGCUUUCCUGGAUGAAAACUUCAAACGGUGUUUCAAAGAUUUCUGCUUUCCUUUUAAGAUGAAGACAGACAGACAAAGCACCAGCAGAGUCAGAAACACCGUUCAAGAUCCUGCUUAUUCCAGGGAGGCUGAUGGUACAAACAAGCCAGUAUGACUAGUCGUGGAAAUGUCAUCUUACUGUCCUCCUGGAAGAGAGGAAUCCAAUGAUCUUGGACUAACUCAAAUAACCACAGCAGUGUGAAAUGGACAAUAAUAGACCUAUUUGAUAUUGUGUAAGCUUUCUCAUAGUCUGAACGGGCAAUUGCUGAUAAUGAGGGUUUCAUCAGCCAUGUUUACUGAUGAUUAGUUUUUGGAUCAUAUUAAGAACAGAUUUUUGUACAUAGCACAAUAUCCAUUCUUGGCAAAAGACAGAAAACUUCUUCACAAUGCUGAUCUCUUUAUAGGAAGGGAAGGGUGAUAUUUUCCGCUUAUGACUCCUUGAUGCUCUUACUUAGAAUCCAUAUGGAUGCUAGCAUGUGGUUUUCAGAGAUUACUGUAAAAAAAUAAGGGGGGAGUAAGGAUUUUUACCGUUCAAAGAUCUUGUGCAAAAAUCUUGUUUUACUGUACUGUGUUACAAUGAACAGUCUCAAUUCUAAGCCAAAAUUUCCUUAUAUUCUUUGAGUAAGAAGCAUUUUCUGAUAAGUGUGUGAACCAUGUAGGAAAUUAAGGAAUCCAGCAUUCUACUGCAAACAUCUGGGAGGUGCUUUGGGUUAAUUUACAAAAUUGUGUUUUAUAUUAGGAGUGAGAAACCUGUGAUUCUCCAGAUCCAACUCAUACAAUCCUUGACUAUUGGCCAGGCUGGUUGGGGAUUGAUGGGAGUUGGUCCAACAACAUCUGGGGGGACUACAUGUCCCCCAUCUCUGCUUUAU